UCCAAAUACUACAUUCUACCAUGCUAUCAUUUGGUCAAAUUCUGAAUUGACCCCGACCCUGAGGGAGUGAGUAGACAGAGAAAAAAGGUGGAUGGUAGAGGCUCCCUGUCAUUGUAGGCGUGUGAACAGGAGAGAUCUCCCAGCCCAGUGGGGUGAAGGUGUCACCUUUUGCACCUCUGAUAAUCCCCUCGGUGGGGGUGUAUGUCACACCUCGGAGCCCCAGAGUCAACAGCCAAGUGCAGCUGCAAACACAGGGCCUGUUUGUCCGUUUGCCUGCCUGCUAAAAGAGACACCAGAGGUGUGAAAGUCUCAGCAAGAGCUGGGUCUGCAAAAGAACCCGACAGGAGAGAGCUUUGUGAAUGUCCAAAUCAAAUUGUAUUAGUCACAUGCUUCGUAAACAACAGAUGUAGACCAACAGUGAAAUGCUUCCUUUACAGGCCCUUCCCAGCAACGCACAGAGAAAGAAAAUAGAGAAAUAAUAGAAAAGUAAUAACCCAUAAUAAUAAAAGUAAUAAUAAAUACAUAAUGAGUAAUGACAACUUGGCUAUAUACACAGGGUACCAGUACCUAGUCAAUGUGCAGGGGUACGAGGUAAUUGAGGUAGAUAUUUACAGUACAUAUAACUAGGAAUAGAGUGACUAGGCAACAGGAUAGAUGAUUAACAGUGUGUGUUUUUGGAAUACUUCAUGUGAUAUUUCACAUGAAGUUUCACGUUGAUUAAAGCAUGAGAUUUCACAGAUGAUACCCUGCAAACAAAAAGCUGUUAUGAUACACACAGUGUUUUCAACUUAAAGAUUUGACUACAUCGUGCAUGUUUUUUAAUUCAGUAAUUAUUAUUCAACAUGUCCUUACCUGGGAUUUGAACUCACAACUCCAUGGUUCACUGCAGUCAAAUUGUCCUGCUACGCCACAAUGUCUGUGUCAAUGACUAAUUUCAGCUGUAUUCCUACACAUCUCAGCUUUAUUAAAAAUACACUCAAGAAUAACGAGUAUAUUUAUCGUAGUGAUCCAGGUGUAACAUUAAAGCAGAAUAAUAUGCCCCAACAACAUUAGACAGAAAACACUCAAAUUGCUGAAAUAAGUAAAUGUAAUCAAUGAUGAGAGAUUAGUCAGAAUAAAGUUUUCACUAUAUAUUUUAUCUCUUGGUGAUGUCAUUCGGAAAUAUAAUGUUAACGUCACUGCUAUUCGGAUGAUACACAGCUGUACAUUUCGAUGAAACAGGGCGAAGCCCCAAAAUUGCCCGUGUUUCAGACAUAAGGAAGUGGAUGGUGGCAAAUGUUUUACUUUUAAAUUUGGACAAAACAGAGAUACUCGUUCUAGGUCCGAAGAAACAAAGAGAUCUUCUGUUGGAUCUGACAAUGAAUCCUGACGGUUGUAUAGUCGUCUCAAAUAAAACUAUGAAGGGCCUCGGCUUUACUCUGGACCCUGAUCUCUCUUUUGACAAAAAAAAAUCAAGAAUAUUUCAAGGACAGCUUUCCCCAUCUUUGUAACAUAGCAAAACUCUGAAACUUUUUGUCUAAAAAUGAUGCAGAAAAUCCAUGAUUUUGUCACUUCUAAAAUAGACAUCUGAAAUGCUCUACUUUCUGGCUACCCGGAUUUUUUAUUUUUUUUAUUUCACCUUUAUUUAACCAGGUAGGCUAGUUGAGAACAAGUUCUCAUUUACAACUGCGACCUGGCCAAGAUAAAGCAAAGCAGUGUGAACAGACAACAACACAAAGUUACACUUGGAGUAAACAAUAAACAAGUCAAUAACACAGUAGAAAAAAGAAAAAAAAUAGUCUAUAUACAUUGUGUGCAAAAGGCAUGAGGAGGUAGGUGAAUAAUUAUAAUUUUGGAGAUUAACACUGGAGUGAUAAAUGAUCAGAUGAUCAUGUACAGGUAGAGAUAUUGGUGUGCAAAAGAGCAGAAAAGUAAAUAAAUAAAAACAGUAUGGAGGUAGAUAGGUAACAGAGGUAGGUAAAUUGGGUGGGCUAUUUACCGAUGUACUAUGUACAGCGAUCGGUUAGCUGCUCAGAUAGCAGAUGUUUAAAGUUGGUGAGGGAGAUAAAAGUCUACAACUUCAACGCACACCCACUUCUGUUUAGCAGCUAGUGCUAAAAUCACAAUCCCAGUGGGUCAGAAGUUUACAUACACUCAAUUAGUAUUUGCUAGCAUUGCCUUUAAAUUGCUUCACUUGGGUCCAACGUUUCCGGUAGCCUUCCACAGGCUUCCCACAAUAAGUUGGGUGAAUUUUGGCCCAUUCCUCCUGACAGAGCUGAACCGAGUCAGGUUUGUAAGGCCUUCAUGCUCGCACACCCUUUUUCAGUUCUGCCCACAAAUUUUCUAUAGGAUUAAGUUCAGCGCUUUGUGAUGGUCACUCCAAUACCUUGACAUUGUUGUCCUUAAGUAAUUUUGCAACAAUUUUGGAAGUAUCCUUGGGGUCAUUGUCCAUUAGGAAGACCCAUUUGCAACCAAGUUAUAACUUCCUGACUGAUUGAGAUGUUGCUUCAUUAUAUCUACAUAAUUUUCCUCCUCAUGAUUCCAUCUAUUUUGUGAAGUUCACCAGUCCCUCCUGCAGCAAAGCACCCCCACAACAUGAUGCUGCCACCCCCGUGCUUCACAGUUGGGAUGGAGUUCUUCAGCUUGCAAGCCUCCCCCUUUUUCCUCCAAACAUAACGAUGGUCAUUAUGGCCAAACAGUUCUAUUUUUGUUUCAUCAGACCAGAGGACAUUUCUCCAAAAAGUACGAUUUUUGUCCCCAUGUGCAGUUGCAAACCGUAGUCUGGCUUUUUUAUGGCGGUUUUGGAGCAGUGGCUUCUUUCUUGCUGAGCGGCCUUUCAGGUUAUGUCGAUAAAGGACUUGUUUUAUUACUGUGGAUAUAGAUACUUUUGUAUCGGUUUCCCCCAGCAUCUUCACAAGGUCCUUUGCUGUUGUUCUGGGAUUGAUUUGCACUUUUCGCACCAAAGUACGUUAAUCUCUAGGAGACAGAACACGUCUCCUUCCUAAGCCAUAUGAUGGCUGCAUGGUCCCAUGGUGUUUAUACUUGCGUACUAUUGUUUGUACAGAUGAACGUGGUACCUUCAUGCAUUUGAAAAUUGCUCCCAAGGAUGAACCAGACUUGUGAAGGUCUACAAUGUUUUUUCUGAGGUCUUGGCUGAUUUCUUUUGAUUUUCCCAUGAUGUCAAGCAAAAAUGCACUGAGUUUGAAGAUAGGCCUUGAAAUACAUCUACAGGUACACCACCAAUUGACUCAAAUGAUGUCAAGAAGCUUCUUAAGCCAUAAAAUAAUUUUCUGGAAUUUUCCAAGCUGUUUAAAGGCACAGUCAACUUAGUGUAUGUAAACUUCUGACCCACUGGAAUUGUGAUACAGUGAAUUAUAAGUGAAAUAAUCUGUCUGUGAACAAUUGUUGGAAAAAGUACUUGUGUCAUGCACAAAGUAGUUGUCCUAACUGACUUGCCAAAACUAUAGUUGGUUAACAAGAAAUUUGUGGAGUGGUUGAAAAACGAGUUUUAAUCACUCCAACCUAAGUGUAUGUAAACUUCCUACUUCAACUGUAUGGGUAAUCCAUGUCGUUGUUCAGCCACGACUCAGAGAAACAUAUUACAGUUCUUCAGGUCCCGUUGAUAGGAUAGUCUCGAACGGAGCUCCUCCAGAUUGUUCUCCAGUGAUUGUACAUACGCCAAUAGAGUGGAGGGUAGAGGCAGAUUAUUUAUUAACUUAAGGUUAUUUUGUCAGGGUGCCCACACGUCGGCCUCUCUUACAUCGUAUUUUCCUUUUACGGGUUUUGGGGAUUAGAAGCUGGUCUGUUGUGAGCAGUGUAUCAUAUGCUGCCGACUCACUGAAGUAGAACAUUAUGUACAAAAAAAGUUAAGAUCAGUGCAAAAAAAUACACAAAAUAGCAGAAUUGGCCAGGAACCCGUAAAACGGCAGCUAUCCAUUGCAGUGUCAUUCUAUAUACAAGCCUCAGGGGCGGACUGGGACCAGAAAUCGGCUCUGGCAUUUUUAUUACACCGGACCAUUUAUUUCCUUGAGGCCCCACAAUGGCCCAUAUUUUUCUCAAGUCCCCCACACCAGCCAAUGUUAUUUGUUCAGUCCCACAUUAUUAUCCAGAUAAUUAUAAUUUUUCUAAAAAAUACAAGUAAGACAGGCCCACUAGGCUAGAAAUGGAUCAGCCCAUCUAGCAUUUGCCUGAAAUGCCAGAUGGCAGUCCGCCCCUGGUCAGCCUGGAGAUGACAGGGAGUUACUAUAGCACAGCUGUCUAGUUUGCAUGGCUUGGGCUCUGGACACAAGGCCAGAUUGUGACAUCAUUUCCUUAGGCAAGCUCUCAGAAAUCAUUUGACAUGAAAGGGAAAUAGGAUCAAAUCAAACCGUGAUACAAAACAUAAGAAACCACAAAGGAGAGUUUUUGUCAAAUGAGAGCCUAAUUUAACAGAAGAAUAGCUUGGCACACAUAAAACACUUUAAUAGGCAGACCGAACAUGUUUUUUCUCCUACAUUAUCAUAAUUGAAAUCCCGAAUUCUGUUUGAGAAACAGUUUAUUGCAGGUUUUUCGAAGGACAGCGUUUGCCAAGAAAGUGAAAGUCUGUAAGGCUUAGUGAAAGUGAAAGUGUGCCAAACUAUUUGAGAGCUGCCAUAGAAGCAUAUGAGCGUACAGAAAAAUAUUGAACACAUUCAGAACCAUGGUAAAACUGUGUUUCUUUUGGCUUUUUCUUUCAUUUUACACCAUCAUAAACGCAGGAUCUCAUUCUCUGUGGGCAUUCGCAACUUGUAUCUCAGGAGAAGCACCUUUCCCUGAGUGUAGCGUUGUGUUGAUGCAGGAUGACAUUCAAGUUGGCUACUUUGACUCCAACACGGAGCAGUUUAUUCACAAGGGACCUUACGCCCCAGACGAAACAGAGGUUGACGUAGCCCAAGAUGCAGCUAAUGUGUUUGGACACAUGUUCCUCAGCAUGAAAAGGCGACUGUCAGACCUGAGGUAUCGCUUUAAUUCCACAGGGAGUAUAGAUGUUCAGCAGAGAAUAGCUGGCUGUGAGAUGUUGGAUACUGGUGAACCCGGCCGUAUUCUGUCCACAGAUGCUUUCAAUGCAAUUUUAGCUGAUUUAAUAUAUUACAACAUGACACAUUAUUCAUACAAUUCCGGAAACCUACUGACGCCAUGGAGUGAGGUGCAUCAAACAUAUGCAAAAUGGCGUUAUCAGACCAUUUACCUACCCAUUUGCAUAAAAACAUUGAAGAUAUUUCUGGAGAGAUUGAAGAACUUUGUGAGGCGUAAAGUGCGUCCCAGAGUCAGGGUCACACAGAAAGCCAUGUCUGGAGGAGCCCGUGUGAGCUGUCUGGCGUAUGGUUUUUACCCCCGCCACAUCAAUCUGACCCUGCUGAGAGACGGCCAGCCAAUAGUAGAACAGGACAUGACUGGGGGCCAGUUGCUGCCCAAUGGAGACGGGACCUACCAGCUGAGAAAGAGUCUGGAGGUCAACACAGAGGAGCUGAGAGAGAGACACAACUACACCUGCACCACUUCCCACCUAAGUCUGGACAACAAGCUGGAUGUCAGCUGGAUACCUGAGUCUGGGAUCGACAGAGUGGGUCUUUAUGUCAAGUCAGGUCUACUGGGCAUUGUGGCCAUAAUUAUUCUACUCAGCAUUUUCGUUUGUGUAAGGAGGAGAAACGCGGCUGGCUCCCAGACAUUGUCACAGCUCUCCAAUGCUAAUGAUGCCCAAGUGGCUGAGCAAAUGAGCCUAUCUUCACAUUCUGAGACCUGAUAU